AUGGCACUAGUAAAACACAACUUGAAAGAAUUGCCUCCACUUCCAAAACAUGAAUUACCAGCAAUCUUAGAAGCCGUCUUGCUGCCAGAACCUAUUAGUGAUUCGAUUCCCAAUAGAAUCCAUGAAAACGCAUAUACCAACCAAUUUCCAUCUCCGCGACAUACAAUCAACAGUUCAGCCAUGCUACCAGAUCCAACCCAGUUUAAAACAGAGUCUAUUCCAUAUAAAGCCAAUGAUCAAUACCAGGAGCUAGAACAGCAAAAAUCAGUUGCUUUUGAGCCUUUAUUUCCAGCUGAUGGGUUUGAAUGCGCCGUGACGGAAUUACUGACAUCCGCUCCAUAUGAUCGUGAUAAGAUUCUUUCGCAUCACUUUGGUAUGGUGUUGGCGCUAAUGCGGUCAAAGUGA